GGCUCGAAACGUUAUAAGCCUAAAACAUAUAUCUUCCUAAUCCACAUGAUCCAAAACCCUAGUUCAAACGAAGGCUGUGUAGCGAGCUUUCAAAUCACUUGUUUCACGUCUUCGCUGCGUUUCGAAGAUGAAGUUCAACAUCGCAAAUCCGACCACUGGUUGCCAGAAGAAGCUCGAGAUAGACGAUGACCAGAAACUCCGUGUAUUCUGGGACAAGAGGAUCUCUCAAGAGGUCAGUGGAGAUGCUUUGGGUGAGGAGUUCAAGGGCUAUGUAUUCAAAAUCAUGGGAGGGUGUGACAAGCAAGGUUUUCCAAUGAAGCAGGGUGUGUUGACUCCUGGCCGUGUUCGUCUCUUGCUGUCCCGAGGUACCCCUUGCUUCCGUGGGUAUGGCAGGAGAAAUGGAGAACGCAGAAGGAAGUCUGUUCGUGGAUGCAUUGUUAGCCCGGAUCUCUCUGUUCUGAACUUAGUUAUUGUGAAAAAGGGUGACAACGAUCUUCCAGGAUUGACUGACGUUGAGAAGCCGAGAAUGCGAGGACCAAAGAGAGCAUCAAAGAUCCGUAAACUCUUCAACCUUUCUAAGGAAGAUGAUGUAAGGAAGUAUGUUAACACGUACCGCCGAACUUUCACCACCAAAGCUGGUAAGAAUGUGAGCAAAGCUCCUAAGAUUCAGAGGCUGGUGACUCCCUUGACUUUGCAGAGGAAGAGAGCUAGAAUUUCCGACAAGAAGAAGAGGAUCGCCAAAGCCAAGGCCGAGGCUGCCGAGUACCAAAAGCUUCUCGCCUCUAGAUUGAAGGAACAAAGGGAGAGGCGUAGUGAGAGCUUGGCAAAGAAGAGGUCUAGACUCUCUGCCGCCUCCAAGCCAUCCACUCUCGCUUAAGUUUCAUCAGAAUGCAAUUCUUAUUUUUGGCUUCUUGUUACUUGCUGCGAUAAUUUUGACCUUUAUUGAACUACUUUCUUUGUGUACUGUUCCGUUGGUUAUUAAAUAUUUUGACGUGUUUAUUAGUGUUUGAUCAGUUUAAUAUAUGGUUAAUUGCUGUGUG